CACACACAUGCAUACAAACACACUCCUGCAUAUCUGUCUGCUCCAGACAGGCUAUGGGAGCUAUGCUGUUUGAAUUUAAGUAAUUUUUAACCUGGUGUUUGGGGGCAGGAUUGGCCUCUAGAUCCACUUUUGGAAUUUCAUUUCUUUUAAGCUCAGACAGACUGAUAUUUGGAAAUGCCAUCUGCUUUCUGCACGUAAACAAGGAACUAAAUGAAUGAUGACCAUCACUCAGACUGCUUGUCCCCUGCAUCCUUGGUCUCUGUGUUUUGAGGGUUACGUCUUUUGAGGAGUACUAAUCAGAAGAAGCGUACUCUCCAGAACCUUCCAAGAUGGUACCUGAGAGCAAUCAGGGCUAAUGUAGACAUCCUCAAUUCAGUUCCAUUCAAUCAGGAGUAAGAGAGGUGCUCUGUGUGCGGCUCUUUAAUUGAUUUGAGAGUGUCCCCCCUUUCUCCUCCCCUCCUUUUCCGUCCUCGUCUCUUCCGUGCGUGAGUGUGUGUGUACGUGUGCAUGCGUGUGUGCGUGUGUGUGUGUGAGAGAGAGAGAGAGAGAGAGAGCAGUGCUGGGGGUAUGAGUGUGUGUGUGCACGCGUGUGAGAGGGCUAUGCAGACGGUGCUCCACACGCACGGAGCAUGCUUGUGAGUGGAGGCUCCGGCCAACAUGAGCCUCCCGAGCCCAGAGCGCGUCCACAGCAUCAGUCCAAACCCGCGUGCACCCUCCUCCCUUUCUCGCUCCCUCCCUCACUCCCUCCCUUGCUCCCUCUCUUCGUCCACGAGCCUCAGCCGCACCGCCUCUCCUGCGCCAGCCAGGGGGACAGCUCCCGCAGUUCCCACGGUGACGGUUGCCGAGCGCCGGCCUGCCCCAUGGAGGAAGCCCAAGGCAACACGCUGGUCGUCCGCAUCGGCAUCCCCGACCUGCAGCAGACGAAAUGCAUGAAGUUUAACGUGGAGUCACCUAUCUGGCUGUCUAAACAGCGCAUCCUUUGCUCGUUGAACCAGAGCCUGAAAGACGUGUUGAACUACGGCCUUUUUCAGCCUGCAUACAACGGCAAAGCGGGCAAGUUCCUGGACGAACAGCGCACUCUGAAGGAGUACCCACUCCCCUCUGUCACUCCCAUACCAUACCUAGAGUUUCGUUAUAAGAGGCGUGUUUACACACAGACCCACCUUGAUGACAAGCAGCUGGCUAAACUGCACACUAAGGCUAACUUGAAGAAGUUUAUGGAGUAUGUUCAGCAAAGGAAUACUGAGAAGGUGUCAAAGUUUCUGGAGAAAGGCCUCGACCCAAAUUUCCACGACCCAGAGACCGGGGAGUGUCCAUUAACGAUGGCGGCUCAGUUAGAAGGCUGUGCGGAGCUCAUUAAGGUACUGAAAGGUGGAGGAGCUCAUCUGGACUUCAGAACUCGAGAUGGCAUCACCGCUCUCCAUAAAGCUGUGCGCACAAAAAACCAUACAGCUCUGAUUACACUGCUGGACCUGGGUGCGAGUCCAGACUAUAAAGACAGUCGGGGUUUGACUCCGCUGUACCACAGCUCCAUGGUGGGCGGUGACCCUUACUGUUGCGAGCUGCUCCUGCAUGACCACGCUCAGGUGGGCUGUGUGGAUGAAAACGGCUGGCAGGAGAUCCACCAGGCCUGUCGUCACGGCCACGUGCAACAUCUGGAGCACCUUCUCUUUUACGGAGCCAACAUGAGUGCGCAGAACGCUUCUGGAAACACUGCCCUACACAUCUGUGCCCUCUACAACCAGGAUAGCUGUGCACGUGUUUUGCUGUUCAGAGGAGCGAAUAAAGAGAUAAAGAACUACAACAGCCAAACUGCCUUCCAGGUGGCUAUUAUAGCUGGAAAUUUUGACCUGGCAGAAAUAAUAAAAGUUCACAAAGCAUCAGACGUUGUGCCUUUCAGGGAAACGCCUUCCUACACAAAUCGCCGGCGCGUAACAGUAGGAGGCACUCUGACCUCAUCACGCUCCCUGCUUCGUUCCGCCUCCGACAACAAUCUGAACGGGGCCGAGACGGGUACUGCCCACUCUCCAGUACCCUCUCUGCGCAGUCUGCCCCCUCUGGCACCCGUCGGAGGGGAGGCAGCAGCUGACGGUAGCCUCCAGAGCACCGGCAGCUCCCGCUCCUCCCACUCACGCUCACCUUCUCUGCACCGUGUCAGCGAGGAACCCGAUCCUCCUGUCCUGCGCAGACACCCCACAUACACACACGGGCGUGGCCGCCUCAGCCCUGGGACGGUGCAGCGGGAUGUCAGCCCUCCUCCUGCCGGGCCCUCGCACACACUCGCUGGUGCCCGCGGGCCCAAACGGAAACUCUACAGCGCUGUGCCCGGGCGCACCUUCAUCGUAGUGAAGCCCUACACACCCCAGGGAGAGGGAGAGAUCCAGCUGAACCGUGGAGAAAGGGUCAAAGUGCUCAGUAUAGGAGAAGGGGGCUUCUGGGAGGGCACAGUAAAAGGGAGGACCGGCUGGUUUCCUGCAGAGUGUGUGGAGGAGGUGCAGAUGAGACAGUAUGACCCUCGACUAGAAACAAGAGAGGAUCGUACGAAGAGGCUGUUCAGACAUUACACUGUGGGCUCCUAUGACAACUUUACCUCCUACAGUGAUUACAUCAUUGAGGAGAAAGAUGCCAUGCUGCAGAAGAAAGAGAACGAAGGUUUUGGUUUUGUCCUGCGGGGAGCGAAAGCGGAGACACCCAUUGAAGAGUUUACCCCCACUCCUGCCUUCCCUGCAUUGCAAUACCUGGAGUCUGUUGACGUGGAAGGAGUGGCAUGGAGGGCGGGGCUACGGACAGGUGACUUCCUCAUUGAGGUGAACGGAGUGAACGUAGUGAAGGUGGGCCAUAAGCAAGUGGUGUCCCUUAUACGGCAAGGCGGGAGCAAUCUGCUGAUGAAAGUGGUGUCGGUGACGCGCAAACCAGAAACUGAGGACGUGGUCAGAAAAAAGGCACCACCGCCACCCAAGAGAGCACCCAGCACCACACUCACGCCAAGGUCCAAGAGCAUGACUGCUGAGCUUGAGGAGCUGGCAUCUGCAAGGAGGAGGAGAGGAGAAAGGCUAGAUGAAAUCUUGGCCUCUCAGGAGUCAGCAAUGAGACCGCAAGUGGAGGCAGACUACAGAGCAGCCACGGUGAAGCAACGACCAACCAGCCGUCGAAUUACACCAGCAGAAAUCAGUUCUCUUUUCGAGCGGCAAGGUCUUGCUCUCCAUGGUUCUGUUCAUCCAGCACUGGAAAAAGCUCACAUUCAGCUGCCCAAAGGCAUGUCCAGAACCAAGUCAUUCGGAGCUUCUGAGGAGGACCGGCUGUCUGCCCUGGCGGCAGAGCAUAGGUUUCCACGGAGCUCCUCAAUGACAGACACCCUGAGAGACAGUCACAAUAUCCCUCCUCCACCUCAGACAGCACCACCUCCUCCACCCUCACUCUACUACCUGGACAUGGGUCCACCUCCACCGUUCUGCCCACCCCCUCCUCCGAGCCGUGUUCAUGACCCCAGUCGCUCCAGCUUUAAGCCUGGCUCUGAGCCCCGACUGCAUGGGCUACCGCAGACCAUGUCCGCUGAACUGUAUGAACCCCCGCGCCACAGUGCCCACAUAGAUCGACAGAAGAAGGCCCGUUCCAUGAUUCUCUUGCAGGACUCAUCCCACCAUUCUGUAGAGCCCACAGACAUCCCCCGGCCUGGCCCAGCCUCCACCCCACCAGAGAGAAUCAAGCGCAAAGGACGUGUUAUUGACAACCCUUACGCUAACGUUGGCCAGUUCAGCAUGGGAUUGUACACCCCACCACCAAGCAAGCCCCAGCGCAGGAAAAGCCCACUAGUAAAGCAACUACAAGUGGAAGAUGCCCAAGAGCGAGCCUCGCUGGCACUGGCUUCAGUCCACUCCAGGGAGCAUUCACCCACAGGCCGACUGGCAGCUCACCAUACUAGCAGGGCAGAGUACUACCAGCAGCAGCUGCUACAGGAGCGCAGUCGAGCUCAAGCUGAGGGUCUGCUGCAGGGAAAAGGGCAUUUUGCUGCCGCAAUUGCCGGUGCUGUCAAGGACAGGGAGCAGCGUCUUGAAGAUCGACGAAAAUCCACAGUCUUCCUGUCUGUGGGCACCAUGGAAGGCAGCUCAGCCCCACCACUGGAAUCCCCUUUACUCACACAGUCUCAUUCUGUUGACGAACGCCUGCUCACCAGUGAACUCGGUCAGCUGCCUCCACCUGCCCUGGCACUGCGACCAUCUCCAAGUGGCACAACUUUUAUCCACCCACUGACAGGGAAGCCCCUUGACCCCAAUUCCCCUUUGGCACUUGCGCUGGCCGCAAGGGAACGGGCUUUAACUUCCCAGAGCCAAUCCCCUGCUAGCAGCCCUGAGCCUAGGACUAAGCAUGAGGCUGCUGGUGGGGUGCUGUUCAUGGACACCCAGACCAAAGAGGCUGAGGGUGAGAGGGAUCAUGCAUCACUGUCCUUUUCCCCUGGAGAAAAAAGGAGCUACGCAUCCACCCCCACUAGCAAGAUCUCUUGGGGGACACCAACAACCACAAGAAAGGAAACAGAGAUGGGAACCGAGAAGAAAGAGGAGAGGAAGCUAGAAGACAAAAAGAGCAUGAUCAUCAGUAUCAUGGACACAUCACAGCAUAAGACUGCUGGGCUUAUUAUGGUUCAUGCAACCAGUAAUGGGCAGGCAGUAGGACUGGGCCCAGAACAUGUCUCCCCUCCUCCCAAAAGCAUCAUUUCAGAGAGCCCAAAGCCCACAUUAGCUGAACUCAAACGGACCAAGUCUCCCAGCCCAGAAACACCCUCCACACCAAUGCCUGCCACACCCUCAACUCCCCAAGCACCCACUAGUCCAUCCUCUGAUAAAACACCCCAGGCAUCCUCUAGCCCAUCUUCAGAUAAAACCCUGGCCCAGGGAAGCUCAGAGGAAGAUGUGGAGCCCUACUCUGUUACCUUACCACCUGCCAUGCUGUCCUCUAGUGAUGAGGAGACACGGGAGGAACUGCGCAAAAUUGGUGUGGUUCCUCCACCAGAUGAAUUUGCAAAUGGUCUCCAAGUGAAGGCAGCUGCAGCUCCUGCUACUCCUUCAACAGCCAAGCUAGUGACCCCUUCAGAACCAUCUCCAGUCACAGGCCCCACCCCUCCACCUGCAGCUGCUACAGCAGCACAGGCCUCUGCCACCAGCGGCCCACCAGCAGCCUCAGGGAAGCCAUCUGAGCCCCACCUGGGCCCAGAGUCUGCUGCUGACUCUGGAGUAGAGGAGGUGGACACUCGCAGCUCCAGCGAUCACCAUCUGGAGACCACGAGUACCAUCUCCACUGUCUCCAGCAUGUCCACCCUAUCCUCAGAGAGUGGUGAGCCCACUGACACCUACACGUCCCAUGCCGACGGCCAGACCUUCAUCCUUGAUAAGCCGCCAGUGCCUCCAAAGCCAAAGCUCAAGUCUCAGCUCAGCAAGGGCCCAGUAACUUUCAGGGACCCCCUGCUCAAACAGUCCUCGGAUAGUGAGCUGCUCUCACAGCAGCAUGCAGCAGCGCUGGCUGCUGCCACGGGGACCUCGGGCCCAACAAGACCCCGCUACCUCUUCCACAGACGCUCCAAGCUAUGGGGGGACCCCAUAGAACCCCGUCCGCUUGCUGGCGCAGAGGAAGGCAAACCCACUGUGAUAAGUGAGCUCAGCUCCAGACUGCAGCAGCUCAACAAGGAUACAUGCUCACUCGGUGAAGAGCCACUCAUAGGCUCACUCGACCCUGGUCGCAAAUCACCUGUGGCCGGUGCCAGACUUUUCAGCAGUCUAGGGGAACUCCACACCAUCUCUCAGCGAAGUUACGGCACCACGUACACCAUAAGACCGGGCAGCCGUUACCCAAUGACCCGUCGGACACCCAGCCCUGGCUCUGCUUCCCCAGAUCGUUCAGAUCCACUCGGACCCAUACGAGGCUUCGGCCUGGCUACCUCGCCCACCACGGCCCCCACCAUCCUGAAAUCCUCCAGCCUCAGCCUGCCCCAUGAGCCAAAGGAGGUGCGUUUCGUCAUGAGGAGCUCUAGCGGCAGGAGCCGCUCUCCGUCACCCGGACAUUCCCCUGGUGUGCCCUCACCACUCCUUACACUGCGCCCCUUCCACCAGAAACCCUUACAUCUGUGGAACAAGUAUGAUGUGGGUGACUGGCUUGCCAGCAUUAAUCUGGCUGAGCACCGUGAGCGCUUCCAGGAGCACGAGAUCGAGGGCUCCCAUCUCCCGGCCCUCACUAAAGAAGACUUUGCCGAGCUGGGUGUGACACGUGUUGGCCAUCGUAUGAACAUUGAACGCGCCUUAAAGCAGCUGCUGGAAAGGUGACCCCUCACCCCGCUCUGUCUGUAGUUAGUCUCACUUAAGUUCUGUCUGUUUUUGUUUGUUUUUCAUUUUGGGGUUUAAUUUGUGAGUUAUCAUUAUAGGUUCCAAGCCCAAUUUAUUUUUAGUAGCAAUUUCGCUCCAAAUCCUCUCCCCAUCACACAAUUAGCAGUCAAUUAGCUAGUUUAUAAUGGGCUGCGAAAUGCAGAAACAUACAGAAGCUCCAUUUCGGUAAAGGUUUUAUUUGAAUGUUUGCUUUCCUCUCUUCCUGUACCCUUGCUCUACUGGGUAAAACACUAGCUACCAUAUUUGCUUUAAUUUAAAAAAAGAAAGAAAGAAAGGAGGCAUGAUGUUGGAUGAGGGAAGUUCAGUUGCCUUUCUGAAUAUUUUGUAGAGGAUGAGCAGAGUGGGCGUGGCCGGGUCGUCUCUACUUUCCGCCUGCCCCCUUCUGGCUGAGGAACAUAUUAUACCUGGAGAAUGUUAAACCAACACUAGUGGCUUUUUUUCAUAAUCAGACUUUUCCUUUGGGGGACCAAAGGGAAUGUGACGUUAAAUAGGAUAUCUCAAUGUAUUUACAUAUAGCUUUGAAACAGGAGAGGCAGAGAACACACACGAACUGUGCACAACUGCACUAGUCUCUCCCCCUUAGAUGAUGUGAAUUCCAUCAAUAAUUUAUUCAUUUUUACCAGUUAUAUACAUAUAUAUAUUUGAAAAGUAUAUAGAUAUAUAUGAAUAACAUUUUGUCAUAAAUAUUAAAGUUAUAUAUGGUAUUCUAUUUAAAGACACUGUCGAAUUUUUCCUAAUGUUCAUCCUUUUACGGACUGUAGCAUGAAUGUCACAUGAGACAGUGUGACGGCUAUCAGAUUUGUUAACAGUGAAUUGUACCGUGCCCUUUUUAUUUCUUACUUUAUGGGUUUAUUGUGGUUUAAAAAAAAACAAAAAACAAAAACUCGGUCUUCCGUCUACAAUUAGGGCAGCCCACAGUGGUCAGUGCGUGUGACUGACCCCCCUCCCCCCUAUCUCACACACAAAUACACACACUACAAAGUACUUGACAUCUCGGUCAUGCUGUUAACAGCUCUCCAUGCACUUACACACAUUGUAACUCCUCCAUAUCAAAUUUUAUUCAAACUCGAAACCAUCUUUAAUUUGGUGAAUCAGAAAUGAGCUGUGCAAUAAAAAGUGCGUGCGUCUGUGUGUGUUUGUGUGUGUUAUGAUGGGGCCACUGUAGGACAACACACACGUUUCCCAUACAUGGUAGCUCAAGCUGUGCGCUACUGGGAGAUGGUGAACAAUUUUAAAAAGAAGAAAAGAAGAAGACAGACUCUAUAAUUGUAAGAGAUUUUCUGUGCCACUACACAGGGGCUUGUGUGGCUCAGGGGCUCUUCAACUCUAAGCACUGAAGCAUUUGGGCAGUUCAUUUGGGUUUAUUAUUUUUUGGUUUUUAUUGGUUUUCUGUUAAGCCCCAUAGUAUGUGGAUUUUGUAGCUUGUGAAAUAUAAUGCUUAGGAUAAUUUUUAUCAAUUAAACUUAGAAUGAAUUUUAGAAUGACUAAAAGGGUUGAACUGACAAAAAAAAAAAACCUGUCCUUUCCAAACUUAUAACUGUAUAUAUGGACAAAUGAUGAAUUAUUUGUUUUUGUUUUGUUUUUAUAUCGAUCACAAGCAAUGUACAUAUGAUAGUUUUAAUAUAAAUUUUUAAAAAUUCAAAAAAUAUAUAGAUCUAUAUAUGAAUGUUUGGCAUAUAUGCAUAGUUAACCACCUGUGGAAAAAGGUGAAAAGAUUUUAUUCUUUGUAUGGACUGAGUUUGGGGAUGAUUUGCACAAAACAAGGUGCUAGCAUUCAAGCCAUCCAUUCUCACGUCUCUGUCUGCACUUUCCUCCAUCCCGCCAUCCUCCUGCUCCGAAAAACACAUCUGAUAUCUGUCUAACACUUACUACAAGAAAGAAGGAAGCGAUCUGAAUAAAAAACUAACAAAUGUG